AUGGCGAAGAGCAAUCCUGGUUAUCUUGGCGUCUCCGAGCCAAUCUCAUUAGGCGGGCCAACUGAGAAGGAUGUCGUACAGACAGCCGAGGUCGAAAAGUUUCUUGCUGAUGCGGGCUUGUAUGAGAGUCAAGAGGAGGCUGUCUCGCGAGAAGAGGUCUUAGGCAAACUUGACCAGACUGUGAAAACUUGGAUUAAGAAGGCCACUAGGGUGAGCGGUUAUGGCGAGCAGUUUGUGCAAGAAGCAAAUGCUAAGAUCUUCACAUUUGGUUCAUACCGCCUUGGGGUGCACGGUCCUGGCGCAGAUAUUGACACGCUAUGUGUGGGUCCAAGACAUGCAACUCGAAAUGACUACUUCUUCAGGUGUCUUCACGAUAUGCUAGCCGAGAUGCCAGAAGUUUCUGAAUUACACCCAGUACCAGAUGCUCAUGUGCCUGUUUUGGGUUUCAAACUUUGUGGGGUGUCUAUUGACCUUUUAUAUGCAAACCUUGCACAUGUGGUUAUUCCUGAUGAUCUUGAUCUUUCUCAGGACUCCAUACUGCACAAUGUUGAUGAACAGGCUGUUCGUAGUUUAAAUGGGUGUCGAGUUACUGAUCAAAUCUUACGAUUGGUCCCGAACAUUCCGGUAUGUGUCGCCUGUUUCUCAAGUAAACAUGUCAAUAUUAUUCUAUGGACUAAAACCUAUUUGUUUUCUCAAAUCCAGAGUUUUCGCACAACCUUAAGGUUCAUGAGAUACUGGGGGAAGCGCCGUGGGGUGUACUCAAACGUUAUGGGAUUCUUGGGUGGCAUAAAUUGGGCAAUUCUUGUUGCUCGUAUAUGUCAAUUGUACCCAAAUGCAUCACCCAGCAUGUUGAUAUCUCGUUUUUUCAGAGUCUACAGCCAGUGGAAGUGGCCCAACCCUGUUACACUUUGCCAUAUUGAGGAGGGUCCUCUUGGCCUCCCUGUUUGGGAUCCAAGAAGAAACUUUAGAGACAGGGGCCAUCAGAUGCCUAUAAUUACACCCGCCUAUCCUUGUAUGAAUUCUAGUUAUAACGUAUCUACUAGUACUAGGUAUGUGAUGGUCCAAGAAUUCACACGAGGAUACGAGAUCUGCCAGGCAAUAGAUGAAAAUAGAGCAACCUGGGAUGAUUUAUUCGAGCCAUAUCCAUUUUUUGAAUUAUAUAAAAAUUAUUUGGAGGUUGGUAUCACAGCAAGAAAUGAAGAUGACCUCAGGAAUUGGAAAGGUUGGGUAGAGUCUCGCCUUCGGACGCUUGUAUUAAAGUUUGAACGAUAUACUCAUGAGAUGCUCCUUGCACAUCCGCAUCCCAGAGAUUUCUCAGAUGGAUCUAGGCCGUUGCAUAGUUUUUACUUCAUGGGUCUUUGGAGAAAACAAACCGCCCAACCUCAAGAAGCUGAGCAAUUUGACAUCAGAGGAAUCGUAAAUGAGUUUAAGAGCGCAGUUCUUGCUUAUGCACAUCGGAGAGAAGGAAUGGAUAUUGAAGUGUCCCAUGUAAAAAGAAAAGAUAUCCCUUUGUUUGUUUUUCCUGGUGGGGUGCGCCCUCCUCGGUCUUCCAGAACAGUAGCCAGGAGCAGUCGCACUGUUUCUAGGAAUGCUGUUACAGCUGAUGGUCAAGUUGGAAAUCCAUCGGGCGCUGAAAGUUGGAGUGAUCCUCAAUCUGCCCUAGAUCAUUCUGGUGGCUAUCAAAGUACUUUGUUGGUCCCCAGUGUAUCAAGUAAAGAAACCCAAAGUAUUUUGAAUGGACAUUCAAAUCUUCACACAGAAUCCCUUGAGCAUGAACUUCCAGGGCACUUUCUUGGAAGUACAUCUGCUCCUGGGAACAUUGCUGUGUUGGAUGUAGUUACACAACCUAAUAGUAUGCCAUCUACUUCAAGCAAUGGUGCUCCAACAAAUGGGCUGGACAUUUGUUUCAAUAGUUUACAUAGGGAAGCUGAGGGGAUUCCUGCAAAUAAUCCUGUGAAUUUCUCUCCGGCUGUGGUUGAUGAGCUUGAUGAGCUGGCAUCAUAUCAAGCUAAGCCUGACAAUAAGCAUGUGCCUCCUGUUCAUGAAUCAUCUUUGGAAAGAUGUUCUGGAAGGACCGUGGGGCAAACAUGUAAUUUGAGUUCUCAUGGUAAUAAUCAUCUGAAGCGCAAGGCUGAGGAAGAGCUGGAGCCACUUGAGCUUGCUGGCCCACCAGUUGCCGCCACUCGUGCAUCAACAUCAACCGUUCAAAGAAAGCCCCUCAGAUUGAUCAAAGCAAAAGUAACAUUUCAUUGGAAGUAUGGUUUGUCAUGA